CAUCGACAUUGACAUUGACAUCCAUCCCAGCGCGAGCCACAUCUCUUCUCCGCCACCACUUUCAUUUGCUGGUCACCCCUUGACAACACUCAAGAUGGGCAAGAAAAGAAAGGCCUCCGGGCGCAACGAGAAGCCGAGCGGCCCCAAGGAAGUGGAUCCCGCCGAUGCCCUUUUAGGGCCCAUCUCCACCUACGAAGAUGUCGCCAACUCUGAAGACGAAUACUUCAUCAACCGAGACAAGAUCAUGUUCGACGAGGCACCGCAGUCCAAGCGGAGAAGGCGACAGGAUGAGGAAGACAAGUUUCUCGAGCUAUCGGAGGAGGAAAUCCUGGCCGACGACGACGAAGAUGAAAGCGAGGAGGAGGAGGAGGAGGAGGAGGACGCAGACAUCCCGUCCCGGAAAGCUGCACCUGCGGCGGCCGGUCGGAAACGCGGAGCGGCAGACUCGGAUGAUGAAGACGAGACAAAACAAGGCCAAGACGUCGAGGACAGUGGUUGGUGGGGUGACUCCAAGACCGAGUACUACGACGCCGACCAGAUCGAAACCGAGGCCGACGCCCUGGAGGAAGAGGCCGAGGCGAAGAGGCUACAGCAGAAGAAGCUUUCCAAGAUGACGGAAGAGGACUUUCUGUUCGACCAGACCGCAUGGCUAGAGAGCAAACCCGACGGGGAAGGAGAAGGAGAAGGCGGCGAUGAUGUCGUCACCGAGGUGCUCAGGGACGUCGAGAUCACGGACGACAUGACCCCCGACUACCACGCGAAGCUGCUCCGCACCCGCUACCCGGAGUUCGAGUACCUCGUCGCCGAGUUCCAGGAGCUCCAGCCCAAACUGGCCAUCUUGCAAAAGGAGGCCCUGGGGAAGCCGGGCAAGUCGAUCGAGGCCGUCAGGUACUGGGUGCUCGGCUGCUACGUUGCCGCCCUGGCCAGCUACUUUGCCAUCCUGACAUCACCCUCCCGAGACGAUUCGACGACCACGACACGCAAGACCCUCCAUCCUUCGGAACUCCGGGACCACGCAGUCAUGGAGACGCUGGUGUCGUGCCGUAACGCGUGGCAGAGGCUCGGCCGGGUGCAGACCGUAUGCAAGGACGAGUUGCCGUCCAUGGACAUGGAGCCGGCGGAAGCCAACGGCCUGAACACGGCUCGGCACACAAAAGAGGAACGGCACAGACUGCAACAAGAGAGGAAGCAGCGCAAGGCCAAAGACAAGGUCCAGAAGGCCAAGGACAAGAGAGCCGAGGAGAUCGAAGAGUCCCUCGCCGACCUCGACAACCUCGUCAGGUCACAGCAGAAGAGAUCCAAGGCGGCGGCCGACUUCAACGGCAACGGCAACGGCAAUGCCAACGCUACCACCGAAGAGGGAGACGACCACUCCGACUUUGGCGAGGAGGACUACCUCGACGCCCGGACAGCCCAGGACAAGGCGGCGCGGAAGAAGAGCCUGCGGUUCUACACCUCGCAGAUCGUCCAGAAAGCCAACCGCCGCGCCGACGCGGGGCGCGACGCCGGCGGCGACACCGACAUCCCCUACCGCGAGCGGCUCAGGGACAGGCAAGCGCGGCUCAACGCGGAGGCCGAGCGCAGGGGCAAGAAGUUCGGUGCCGACCUGGGCGGCGACGAUGGCGAUAGCAACGACGACGACGAAGAAAACGACACGGCGGCGGUGCGCCGCGGCGGGGACGAAGACGACGAAUACUACGACAUGGUGGCGGGCAAGUCGAAACAGAAAAAGGAGGACAAGGCGGCGCGCAGGGCGGCGUUGGCGGCGGCCAGCGCCGCGGACCGCGUGGUGGAGCGGGAGGUGGUCGGGGAGGACGGCAAGCGCAGGAUCACGUACGCCAUCGAGAAGAACAAGGGCCUGGCGCCGCGGCGGAAGAAGGAGAACCGGAACCCGCGCGUCAAGAAGAAGAUGCAGUACGAUGCCAAGCAGAAGAAGCUGCGCAGCAUGAAGGCCACGUUCAAGGGGGGGGAGCCAAGGGGCGGGUAUGGCGGCGAGUUGUCGGGUAUUUCGACCCAUGUUGUUCGUUCGAGGAAGUUGUAGGAGAUUUAUUCAAGAUACCAUGUGUCUGUCCACCAUUCUUUUUUUUUUCUUUUUCCUCGUAAGUGAAGUGGCUCUUUUUACAUCACCAUAUUUCUCCGUAGUCGUGAACAUACAGUGGGGGGCAAUAAGUGUUUGAACACUCCUAUGUAUUUAAGGCUAGAUAGUAAGCCCA